GAAACGACUUCUCAGCGGCUCGACCGAUGACGGGAGACACGCCGGACGGAGACUCGAGCCGCAGGCCGGGUCCUUUUUACAUGAACCCAGGCGCCAGAUCAGCAACGAGCACCGCAACGCCGAGUAAAGUAACGCCGUAGCGCCCAAUCAACAAACACUGGAUCCCGAAACCAUACGCCGUACGUAGCGCGAGACACAUCGCAGACGAGGCACGGCCAAGCAGAAUGACACGGGAGUUUGGUAAACGACCCCCAUUCGUCCGACUGCCGGCGUGCUCGUCUGAGAGCAAACGGAGCCAGUAAUCGACAGGGUCCACCUCCUACCUCCAGUGCCAACCAUCCAGAGCUCAUGCGUCGUCCUGCACAUGAAGGGCGGAGACUGGCCAUGAGAGGAGGAAGAGCACAGAGAAGGAGGCGGAGAGGCCUGCUCUUCCACGCUUGAUAACGGGAGUUUUUAUAGUCUCG